GGAUCCAGCUGCUUCAAAACGCACCAAUGUCAAAAUGGCGCAAGUGAAGUCCACCCGGAUAAGUCUAAUAUUAUGGGUGUUUUGUGUGUGCGUGUGCAUCGCGAGUGCCAAGGGGGACACCACUAGUGAUAGAGUAAACCCCGAAAACCAACACGAUGGCCAAACAACCACAGUGCACCACAAGUCUACCGCCACCCAAAAAAAACACAGUCCAAAGCCACUGCUAACGACUGGCGAUGUUGAUGAGCAAGAAGGCGUAUACAGCCCCUCAAGUAGCAGUAGCAGUAACAUUAAGACGAGCUCGGACUGGCAGGGCAGCAGUAGUCAAGGCAGUAGCAAUGGGGGGUCGGUGAAAGAGGCAGCCAACAAGAGGAACAUCAGCAGUCAGGGCAGUGGAGCAACUGCCCAGGAACUGAGAUCAACUACUUCCCUGGCGGGGAACCUCCUGUUGUUGCUCAUCUCCGUCGUCAUCGCUGGUUCUCUCUUCGUUACGCUCCUCUGCUUCAUACACAAGUGGAAGGAGAACAUGGGCACAGCGCGGUACCCGCGGGUGGUGUACUCGAUGCUGCGGCAGAGCGAGGAUGAACCCGAGGACGUUCUGGGCGAGAUCCUCAUCAACAUUGGUCUCGCAGCCCCCGAGGACUCGAGACCUCUUACUCCUUCCUCCUCAGAGACGUCAGACUCACCCGAGGCCUCUGACCACGAGGUGAAUAUCAAUGAUUUGGAUGGGUCAAAGUUCACCACCAUUCCGCUAAGGUCAGAAGAGGCUGCCAAGAGACUCAUGGUCCAAGAACCAGAAGAAUCUGAUGAGGAACUUCUGCAGUAGAUGUCCCUCCAGGAAAAUCAUUUCUACAUAUCUCUGCUGCAAGAUGGUGUUUUUUCAGUGCCACAGCUUAUAGCCACGCAUAAGUGGAGAAGAGUGAAAGAGUAAGAAAAUGGGAGUGAGCGACUGAGAGAGUAAGUGAAUAUGUGUAUUGAGAAAACCUUCCGAUAAAGGUGCUUUUAUUAACUUUGAGUGUCAUCAGGCCCACGAUCAUGAGAGAGCCCAAGGUGACCAGCUUUUUGGACUACAGAAUAUCAAAUAUAUAUUAUUAUGUAUACAGUACAAUCAUACGUGUCCAUCCCUAGUACACUUUCCUAUUAUCAUGCAGUUUCUGGGUAAAGUAAUCUGGCAGUUUAGAUUUAGGACCUGUUUUCAUCCUCAGUUAUUGGAACAAAAAUGCACAAAAAUGAUACAGUAGUUAGAUUUACAGUAUAUCGCUGAAUGAUGAAAAAUUAAAAUGUGUAGCACUUUAUUACAUAGCUUAUUUAGAAUCUAUACAUGUUCAUUGUGUGCUCUAUGGGUGGUGAUUGUAGUGGUUGUAUAUACCAAUAGCAAUAAUGUUAAUUUUAAUUAAUUAUUAUUUUGUUUGCCACUCUAAAAUUCCCCAGCUGGAUCACCAACUUCCUUAGGACUCUAUUUUGUCAUCCGUCAUUUCUCCGUCCGGUAAUCAGGUCCUUUAGCAAAAGAUUGAUAUUAACAAUCAAUCUCAGUCCAUUGUAAUGAUCUGUUAGUAUGGUUGUAAUAAUACUAAAUUCGUAAGAUGAUCCCACACUCAAACGGCAUCCUGCCUGUGGGGUGUGAGGACAAGAGAGCCAGACUAAGAUCAUAGCAAUGUGACUUAUUUUUAUAGACUGGUAAAGUGUAAGGGGCAGUAAGUAUGACAACAGUGCCACACUACAUGACACACAUGACCUUUUUACUUCAUGACACGCUAAAAUUGUCUUGUACAGUAUACUGCACAGUAAGUGAAAUUUCAAAAGAAGCUUUCUCAUGUAUUACUAUGUGUCUGAGUUGACCAUCAUAAACAUACAUAUGCAAAACAAUUUUACUGAUAGGGCAUGUCAUGAAUUAAAAGAAAUAUUGGGAUAUGUUUUACUCAAGAAGAGGUUUGAAAACAAAAUAAAUGAGAAGUAGGAUAAUAAGUAAAGCGCUUUAUUUAUAUAGAAAAUUAGGAUAGAUAAACUUCAUCAAAGAACCGAACAUGAAAAAGUUGAGGUGAAGAGAGGAAGAACUUGUGGAGAUAGUAGGGACACCAGUUUGUUGAGAUAACAGGGAACAGUGGUGGUACAGAUAACUGCAGGGCUGAUCAAUACUGUAUUGUCAUUUCAACUAAGAUCUCACCUUAAUAUGGAGCAAUAAGAACAAAUGAGAUUUGGAGUAGAAGAAAAUACUGUAUCAUCACAACUGCUAGGCAACAGGUAACCUGAUAUCUGAGGCUGUAAGUUACUACAGUACUUCCACAGUUAAUAGAUUAUUUCAUUAGGUUAAAUUGAUGCAGAUGACAUGUAGAAGAGUUAAUGGUGUAAUGUACUGUACAGUAUAUUCUAAAAAUUAGGAAACAAAUAUAGCAUCAUAACCUAUGGUAAUAUGCCACAUUAUGGAGUUUUGUGCAGAAUGUAUCUCUGUUUUUCCCACAACAAGUUAAGAUAAUAAGUUAACAAUUAUGAAAGUUAUCGAGGUGUUUUCCGACACAUCCUGGUUAACAUACAAGGGAUGCUGUACUCUGUCUAUCAUGUGAAAACUGAUCCCCAUAGUUCUUUAGAUACUCAGUCAAACUGGACACAAUAGUUAAAUUUAUUUUUUUAACAAAUCCCCCUGAAAAUAUUAAGUACGUACUGUACAGUAUUGUACAGUACAACAAGGAGUCAAGUGAUGUACUGUACUGUAUAAUGACCAUAGUUUUGUAAGUACUGUACUGUACUGUAAAUAUAGUGCAAAAUUUAACUACAUUACCUGUUUUAAAGAAAGGUCACAACAUCCUGAUUGCAACAUCAAUCAUGCCUAAUAGCAGGCAAGCACAGUCACCCACAAAAGUCCUGCCUUCUCUCCCCUUCAAACAUGAACCCCGAGAUUCAGGCUUGUGAACCUGAAGCAGUAGACACUGAUGCAUUAUUCGGCCCAUAAAAGCUUCAGAUUAACGAAUCUGAAUCUCGGGGUUCAGGAGGCGAGGAGACAGGAUUUUUGUGGUUGACUGUACCUAUAACUAUGACAUAGAACAUAAUGCUUGCAAACAGAUCACAGCAAGAACUACAGUACUUGCAGCAUUACACUUGCAGUUAUACACCAAUCAGGUUUUAUGAAUACUUGACACACUAAUAUUCCAUUUAAACAAACAAAGAUUACAGCAGUAACUUGUCAUGAUCCCAAUACAGAUAUGUUGACUACAAUGGAGAUUAUAACAAAAUCUUCAUACAUUCAAAUACAUAACUAUGACUAUGUAACCAAGACUUACAUUAACUGCACUAGUAAUAAACCUUCAGUCCCUUCACUCUGCCAGUAAAUGAACCUUGGAAAUGUUAAGCUCUCAUGAUGGUGGCCUGUGGUGAGUUUACCUGUCCAACCCUCGCUAUAUUUGGGCAAACUUGAUGGUGUGCUUAUGAGGCCAAGUCCAUGCUCUCAUUCUGAAUGUAAUAGAGAGCACAAUACUAAAAUUAGAGAAUUGCCUUUGCAUAGAUUAUUUACCUACUGCCUGGGUUAUGUAGCUAAUGCAUGAAUCUAAAACUGUAUGUUAAAUCCUCAUUACUCGAUGAACAUAGAAUGCAUUAGGGAGCUAUAAUGAUUGUUGACAACCAAUUAUAACUUUUUGUCCACCCAUGAUGUGUAUGUUAAAUAAUUUUUAUACUACUUAAUUACAAAUAUGUGAAUAAAACUACAGUACUUUAUUAUAACCUUGCUUAAGUUAUAUACAAGUGUGAUCAUGUAGCUUCAGGGAUAUUACAUGGAAUACACUACUCUAGCUUAGCUUCUGAAAUACAGUAUGUAUGACAUGAAAUACUUAGCUUCUAAAAUAUGUAUGAAUGUACAAUAAUGAUGUACAUGGAUAUAAACAAACAUUGAUAUAGUUGGCUUACAAAUGAUGUGUAUAAAUAUACUGUAUUGCAAUCUUGACCAUAUCAAGAUACAGUACUGCACAGUACUAUUAAUUCUACCCAGUGUGGCAGUCAUGGCAGUGUUGGACUUAGCCUGGAUCACACCAUCAGUACACCUACCCUUCCAUUACAUCGUUAUACAGUACCCAUGUGUAUAAGUGUCUCCUAGAUGGUAGGUGGUGUCUUAAUGCAUACAGCUGUAGCUAAGUCACAUAAUUUUAGAUAUUUUUUAAGUUUUGCAAUGUGUAAAACUACAUUACAAACUGUGUUAUUUUGAACAAAUGUAUACUGGUAUCUUAUCAUGUUGUAUGGCAAUACCUUAUGAAAAAUGUUCAGAUGGUUGAAUGUCGACUAUUUUUUCAUUGUCCAAUAGAAAAUCAAUCUCAUUUUGAAAGAUAUAUUUGUAUUUUUUGUCCUUAGGCUGUUAAUCCAUUUUAAAGUUGAAUGCCUACUGGAAUCCUUUGAGGUGCCUCUUGCCAACAUCCCUGUCGUCCAACCCCUCCAAGGCAAUGCAGCUCUUUCUUGGUGUGCUGAAUAAUUAAUAUUUUGCUAGAACCAUGAACAUCUCCUUGGUGAGCUCAAUUACACCACUACCCUAAAUACUUCCCCCUGGUGAAUUAUGGUAAUUGUUGUGAAGACUAAUUACAAUAACUUAUUGUUGAAGUAUGUACUGGAUAACUAAAAUUUUAAGAUGUUUUGUGGAACUUGUCUCAUAGACACAAAGGAUAUCUUCACAUGGUAAGUGAAGGCUUACCAAUAAUCUGAUUAACAGAUCCUGUAAACAGAACUUCAUCAAGACCCUGAAUAGCUUGUUCUUAGUGAGCUGAGCUUUACCAAGCCCUUUUAUAUCUUCUCCUUGAUGAACAUCAUUUCAAUAAGUCCCUGAGUGGCUCCAAGUUGAGUUUCAACAGAACCCUGAGUAACUUCUUGGUGAGCCAAGUAUCAUCAAGGCAUUAACCAGUAAUGUAAUGUGUACUGUACAUCUGUAUAAAUAUGUUUGCUGUACAUAAAAGUUAAAUUCUUUUUCCA